CCGCGCGUCCCGACGCGCUACGUGGCCGACGGCGCCGCUUCCGCGUCAUGACUUCCGGGCGCCCCAGCCGCCAUCUUGCUCGCGCGGAAGCGCCGCGGCUGGGUGGGAGUCCCGGAGCCGGAGAGUCGUGGACGGUGCGGCCGCCGUCAUGCCGUCGUCGCCGCUGCGGGUGGCGGUGGUGUGCUCGAGCAACCAGAACCGGAGCAUGGAGGCGCACAACAUCCUCAGCAAACGAGGAUUCAGUGUCCGGUCCUUUGGAACAGGAACUCAUGUGAAGCUUCCAGGACCAGCACCCGACAAGCCAAAUGUUUAUGAUUUCAAAACCACAUAUGAUCAGAUGUACAAUGAUCUCCUUAGGAAAGACAAAGAACUCUACACGCAGAAUGGCAUUUUGCACAUGUUGGACAGAAAUAAGAGAAUCAAGCCCCGGCCAGAAAGGUUCCAGAACUGCAGAGAUCUGUUUGAUCUUAUCCUCACCUGUGAAGAGAGGGUGUAUGACCAGGUGGUGGAAGAUCUGAAUUCCAGAGAGCAGGAGACCUGCCAGCCGGUGCACGUGAUCAACGUGGACAUCCAGGACAACCAUGAAGAGGCCACCCUGGGGGCGUUCCUCAUCUGUGAGCUCUGCCAGUGUAUUCAGCACACGGAGGACAUGGAGAACGAGAUCGAUGAGCUGCUGCAGGAGUUCGAAGAGAAGAGCGGCAGGGCCUUCCUGCACACUGUCUGCUUCUACUGACCUCCCAAAGCCACCUUUCGGAGCCUCCUUCCUUUUGUUAAUACUUGUUCCUUCCUCACAUUGUUUUUACUUGUAGCUGUUCUGCUGGGACGGUGGUAGUGCCCCAUGAACUGUACAUAUGAAAUGAGAAGAGACACGUGAAUGCCAGAUCAAAAACAAUCAAGUUUUCUAUCCCACUUGUACUUGUGAGUGGGAUAUUGAUUAUAAAGUUUUUUUCUUUAACCAAAAAAGAAAGAGACGGUUUACAGUGCGUUUCCCCGCUACAUCUGUCUUUCCUUGUGCGUUCCUUCCCCUCGCGCCUGACUGGCUGGAAUGUACAAAUACCUGAAUAAAGCAACGGGCUGCAUUUUCUUAGGAAAGAACCUGCAAUUGUCCAAUAAAUAGAUGCUGCUGCUGGA